AUGUUGAAAUUCGUGGCGGUGUUGAUAGCCUUCGUGGCGGUGGCCAGAAGUGCCCCUGCUCUUCAGGGUCCUGAGAGCACUUCCUUGUUCGAGGACGCUCUUCAAGUUUACUCUUCUUGCUCCGAAGAAGAGGACCUCACGGUGUGCCUGAAAGUCAGAGCUCUUCGUUUCUUCGACAGAGCUGCGAGGUCUGCAGACAUCGGGCUUGCCGAUGGCGUUAGGAUCAUCAUGACCGAUGAUGCUAAGGCCAAAGACGGUCGAGCAAAUGGCGGCAGAUCGUUAAACGAGAUAGAAGCUACCUUACCAAAGGAACCGGAAGCUAGGGAAGCUGCGGUAGAUGAAGCUCUUCUGGACCGUGCCGGUAGAUUCUUAUCAACGCACACCGUAGAGCUCAGCGUCCCUGAAGAGGUGUCACGAGGCUUCGAAGAGGCUCGAAAGAAGAAGAAGAUCGUGAAGUCCUUGUUGCCGAUCUUGUUGUUGCUGAAGCUGAAGGCAGCAGCGUUGAUUCCCAUCGCCCUGGGAGCAUUGGCCUUGAUCGCCUUCAAGGCUCUCAUCGUCGGCAAGAUCGCAUUGAUCAUCAGCUUGAUCAUCGGCCUGCAGAAGCUGCUUGGAUCCAAGCACCAGAGUUACGAGGUGGUGGCCCAUCCUGUUCACGGAUACGGCCAUGAAGAGCACCACGAGCACUCAGGGUGGGCCAGGUCUUCAGGGUCGGACCUCGCGUACAGCGCCUACAAGCCCGUGAAUUAA